AUUUGUACUCCACUACUUCCCACCUCUGCAAAGUGUCCUUACAGAUGUUUCUCUUCCAGGUUUUGACACCAUCUCCACGGCUCUGUCCUGGUCCGUGAUGUACCUGGUGGCUUACCCCGAGAUACAGGAGAGGCUGUAUCAAGAGCUGAAGAACAAAGUGGGUCUGGAUCGCACCCCUCUUCUCUCCGACAGACCCAACCUUCCCUUUCUGGAGGCUUUCAUCCUGGAGAUUUUCCGCCACUCUUCCUUCCUGCCGUUCACCAUCCCUCACUGGUGAGUCUCUGCCAUACGA